AUGAGGCAGCCGUUUCGAUGCUUUCCCGUAUCUCGAUGCCUGACCCUUGGCCGAGUCGGUCACGCUCCUGUCUGGAUUGGGGAGAUUCUUUCUCGUGAACGGGUACACUGCGUCAGUGGCUGUCAGGACCAGACCUCCAAGGACCCUUUCGCGCUCCGUGAGUCCAUCAAUUUGCGGCAACCAUAUGCGGUUAUCCGUUCAGCUUUACGGAUGCGCGCACUGGCUGGGGCUGUGGUUGGUUCCAAGGAACAUGAACAGGCUCUCGUUUGCGCCGCACGGCAUCCAGAAGUUUCGAAACGAACAGGGCAGACUAUGAUCUUUGAUAGCCGCUUUGUCCUCCAUUGUUUGGUUGGAGAAAGAACAUCGGAUGUCGCCACGUUUACACGCUUAGGAGGAGGUGAGAAAACGUGGAAAAGGAGUCACAUAAACAAUCGGAGGGAGAAGCUGAGCUGCCUGGUGCAACCAACAACAUGA